GUAAUUAUUGACAAUCAAGCUAAGCCGAGCGAGUACUAAGUGUAGUCUCACGUCGCGUUCCGGCGAACGAAGAUGCUGCGUCCCGUGACUUUGAUCUUUGACUAGAUUUAUCGAGCCUACGGAUUUAAAAUAAUCUCAAACUUUAGUGUUGUUAUGAAUGAAUGUUGUGCAACAAGUGGUAGUUAUCCGAAUAUUUAAUUAUUACCGUAUCUGUGCGGAUUAUAAAACUCAAGAUGCUGUUCCUUCUCAUGACCAUGAUAAUUUCACUGUCAUUUGCCAAACCAGAACUACCUUCUGCUGUACAUUGUUCAGGAAAACCAGAAAAAGGCCCAUGCAACAGGAAUAUUUUUAAAUGGGCGUUCGAUCAUCAAAACAGAGAAUGUGUCACAUUUAUAUGGGGCGGUUGUGGUGGCAACGACAAAAAUAGAUUCGAAAGUGAAAGCCAGUGCAUUGAACGAUGUUUUUCUAGUUCAGGCGACAACCUCACACUGGAUGAUAUUAUGUCUAGUAUUCCAAAAGAAAAAAGAGGACCAAAGUUAACUUUUCAAGAAACAGGAACGGAAAAUACAUUUAUGUUUGCCCAAUCAAACACAUUCAUUCAAAUAGACGGAGAUAUAAUACAAACGUUUCAAUUAAGAUUAUGCCGGCAGAUUUCAUUUCAGUUUCGAACCAAACUACCUCACGGUCUUCUUGUGUAUCACAACGUUAAAGUACCAAAAGGCAUCCAACUUCAACCUUAUGCUCUGUAUAUUAUUGUUCAGCAAGGGCAAUUAAAAGUUGUCCAUGUAUACGGAAAGCAUUCGACAGCACUAACAGUAGGAAGGGGACUUAACAAUGACCAGUGGCACACCGUAACAGUCAGAAUUGAUGUUCACGCUGCGAAAUUGUUAGCUAUCGUGGAUGAUUUGCGAGAUGAAACCGAUCUCAGAGGAUUGGAUACGGAGAAUAAUUAUGGUGUGGCCGCAAACGUAACGUCAGUGAUAUUAAUUGGAGGUCUCAGUUCCGAAGAGAGAUUGCACGGUGUUAAAUACAUAAUAGAAUCAUUCGUGGGCUGUAUAAAAGACGUCGUUUUAAGUACAGGAAAGUCGGCGUCUGAUUUACUUCAAAUUUCACCGUUAAUAGCUACAAAACACGAAAACGUCCAAGAAGGGUGUAUUGAUAAAUGUUUAACUAACGAAAAUCUCUGCUUUAAAGGAUCUCGAUGUGUUAAUCACUAUUAUGCUAUAACCUGCGAUUGUUUUGGUACAAAUUAUGAAGGAGAGUUCUGUGAUUUUUAUACUGCGACAGUUCUAACUUUACGAGGAUCAUCUUAUGUAUCCUAUAGAGUAUAUGAUUGGAAAGAUCGGAUACAUUCUUCAGUUACUAGAUUCUCAAUAAUGUUUAAAACUAGAUUUGAUGAUUCAGCUUUACUAUAUGCAGCAGGGGGAGAACAUGGCAUUGAUCAUUACAUUGCUGCGUCUAUAUAUAACAGAUCUGUGUAUAUUGUAAUGGAUUUUGGUGAAAAUAAUCCUGUUACAAUACGCCUUGGAAAUACUCCUGAUUUUAAAUUAAAAGAAUGGAAUAACCUUACGAUAUUUCAUGAACAUGAAAAAGUUCAUUUAAUUUUAAACGACGAAAUAAAAACUAUCAACAUUACAGGGAAGCCACUACUUUACAUCGAUCCCGAAAUAUAUAUUGGUGGAGGACCAGAAUUACAGAAAAAAAUAGGUUUAAAAUCCUCAAAUAAUUUUGUAGGAUCUCUAAAAUAUGUUUUCUAUAAUGACAUAUCAAUUAUCUACGAAUUACAUAAAAAUAAUCCUAAGGUCCAUUAUCUUGGAUUACUGAGGCCAGAAUUUUAUGAAGCUGAUGUAAACAUAAUUCCUAUUACCUUUCCAUUUUCAGCUAGUCACAUUUGGUGGCACAACGAUCAUGUUGAUUCUCUUAGUUUAAGUUUUCAUUUUAAGGCAAGUAGUAAUCUCAGCGUUAUAGCUUCUAGUGAAGCUCAGACUGGACUGUAUUGGGAGGUUCGAGUUGUAAAUGAUGAAGUCCGAUUUGAGCUACUUAACAGUAUAAAGAAUACCACUCAUUUAAUAAGCGUUAAAAAGACACCCGGAAUAUGGCAUUUCUUAAAUGUGACGUAUUCAAAUGACGAAAUCACUGUAAGCGUUGAUAAGAAAGGAAAGACUGAAAAAAUUAGUGACUUGAAAUUUGCGAUAGGUGACAAGAUUAAAGUCGCUGCUGGAUCUCGAUCAAACGCAGGUUUAGUGGGAUGCAUGAGGGAUAUAGAGGUUAAUGGGGUAGUAUUAGAACCUAGAAGUGUUCUUCAAACAGAAAGGGUAGUUGGCGAAGUUACAUUAGACGACUGUAGGUUUGUAGAUGCAUGCCUGAGACCAAAUACUUGCGAGCAUGGCGGCAAAUGUUCCGUUAAAGAAGAUCGACUAAUCUGUGAUUGUACAAAUACCGGCUAUACAGGAACAAAUUGUCAUUUUGCUCUGUAUAGAAAGACUUGUGAAGAACUAGCAUUAUUGGGUUAUACUAAACCGGAUGUAUAUCUGAUAGAUAUAGAUGGAAACGGAAGAUUUCCGCCCGCGCAUGUCAGGUGUGAAUUUCAAAGUAUAGAAGAAUCAACAAAAACAAUCGUGGAACAUAAUUUGCCCAGUCAAAUGGAUGUACGCUCUCCUUCAGAAAAAGAUUUCAGUUUUAAUAUAAAAUAUCGAGAAUUCAAUGCGGAAAUGCUUCAAGAACUUGUCUCCCAUUCUCUGAACUGCAGCCAAUAUAUUAAAUAUGAUUGCUUAAAGGCACCAUUAGAAUUGCACUCUGCGUCCUGGUUUAUUUCGUCAGCUAAUGAGACUGUAGAUUAUAUUGGCGAUGUGAAAAGAGGUACGUGUCCUUGUUCUAUUGGUCGAAAAUGUGAAAAUCCUGCCCAGUGGUGUAAUUGCGAUGACGUAAAUGAUGAUAAAUGGAAUACGGAUGAUGGAUACUAUACAACAGCGAAUACACUGGGUAUUACGGAAAUGGUAUUUUUACAACAGCCAGAUCUUCCAGAAGAUGCUUUGGGACGAAUUACUUUAGGCCCAUUAGAGUGUGUGGAAACUAACACUCAACGAUAUGUAGUAACUUUUACCACGAGCCAAUCAUACAUAGAAGUUCCGGGAUGGAGGAAAGGUGACUUGGCAUUUUCCUUUAGAACUACUGGAAAAAAAGCCAUAUUACUCUAUCAACCUCCAAUUCGGCCUAAUUAUCCCAGUUUUAUGGUAGCUCUUACCAGUGAUUUUCAACUUACUUUCAACUUUACUUUAAAUACUGGUGUUUCCAAAGAAUUAGUUAUUGUGUCCGGCCGUCGACUAAAUGGUGGAGAAUGGCAUAAACUUUGGAUUGAUUACAAUAAAUAUCAUGUCAGGUUUAUGAUAAAUGAGGAUUACCAAAUGGUUGAUUUAAAGCCAGAAGAAGAGUUUGGUCCUUUUGAAGGAUCAAUGUUCAUAGGAGGAGCGCCAAAUGACCUUCUCGAUCCAAAAUCAUCAGUCCAACAAGGACUUAUAGGAUGCUUCAGAGGCUUAGUUGUGAAUGAAGAAAUUCUUGAUAUUUACAGUUACAUGAGUGUUCAUUUAAGUGAGAUAAUCAAAGAUUGUAAACCAUCAUGUGUUCCAAAUCCUUGUAAAAAUGGAGCGCAGUGUAAAGAAUUAUGGAGUAGAUUUGAAUGCAUCUGUCCAAAUCCGUGGGCAUAUACUGGAGAAUAUUGUGAAAUUAAUAUCAACACCAAUGCUGUUACCUUUACCCACAGUGAAUCAUAUUUGCAUAAAAACUAUUUUACUAAUGACACAGGAGACGAGAAAAAUAUAUUAAAAGAUAUAUUUAAAAAAAGGAUACUACUUAAUUUAAGAACGUAUGACAACAAUUCUUUAAUAUUUUAUGCAAAUGACCAUUUAAACAAUUUUGUGCAUUUACACAUUAUCGAAGGUACUAAAAUUGAAUAUUUAUUCAAUCAUGAAAAUCAAAUACAUAAUAUUACGGUACCAUACAAAUACUUAAAUACCAGCAAAUCUGUCCAAAUUGCAAUUAUCCGGGAAGAAAAUAUAACAACUGUUUUUGUUAACGACCAGAAUAACUCAAUUCCUAUAGGAGUGAAGCUUUUGGAUACUUAUUCCAACAAGCCCUGGAAUAAUUCUGAAAAAGAGGUUCUAGCUCCACAAAGACCUCCAGCACCACCAACCGAAUACUUUCAGCUUAAUAUUGGUGGUUACGACCCUGAAACUCUGUUAAAGGUUGCAGAUUAUCCACUUAUAUUACCAGGAUACGUAGGAUGUUUUAGAGGAUUUCAGAUAGGAAAUAUACUGAUUGACUUGCCUCCUAAAAUAAAUACGAGUAAAAAGGGAGUCACAGCGAAUUGUAACAUGAAAUGCGAUGAGCUACCUUGCAAGCAUGGCGGAAUUUGUAUUGAAGAUUUCGGAAAUCAAGAGAAUACAUGCAACUGUGAACAUACAAGUUAUUAUGGUGAAUUCUGCAACGAAGAAAAAGGUGCUGAUUUUAAUGGUGAAGCGAUCUUAAGUCGGGUAUAUGUUCUCAACGGUACUGUGGAUUACGUAAAGAUUCAACUAGCGUUUUCAAGUCUUGAUGUGAGGCAAAAAAAUACAGUUUUAUUGUUGCUGCAGACAGAAAACAAUCGAAGUUACUACUUGUUGGUUGGACUGAGUCUGGAAGGUUAUCUUAUUAUCCAAGAAGAUCGAGAAGGAGCAGUUUUUUCAGCAACCGUUAACAAAAAAAGUUUUAUAAAUGGUGCUCGACACUCAAUUUAUUACAAAAGAGAGUUUAAUGAAUCAGAACUCUAUGUAGAUAGAGAACUCACUGAUAUGGUACAAAUUCCAGCUCAAACAUUUACAAAUAUCCCGGAGUUAGGUGCCAACGAAGUCCAGAUUGGAGGACAAGAAACAAAUGAUCCUAGAUUCGCAAUUUAUAAGAAGUUUAGCGGCUGUUUAUCUAAUAUUUUUAUAGAAGUUAAUAAACACGUUAUGAAACCCCUUGAAGAAUAUAUGUUGUUUACUAAAGCUGGAUCAGAAAAGGUAAACGUAUCAAAUUCUCAUGGCGUUCGAAGUGCCCAAUGCAGUGCUGAUUUUGAUGUAGUUCACGAAAAAGCCCCUGGUAUACCUAAUUUAAAUAUAAGUCAGGGAAAGGAUAAAACAUGGGUACAGGACGCUCCGCAGAGGAUUUUGUACACUUCCAUAUAUUCUGCAGACUCAGUUGAAGAGGACAAUAUCGAACAAAUAAUUGUAAUCGCUUUAGCAUCGUUUUUCGUGUUGAUUUUAAUAUGCAUAUGCUAUGAUGUGUACAGAACAGACAAAAAAUACAAAGAGAGGAAAGAAUUUGAAACCGAUGCAAGUAUUCUUUUAUCUAAACAACAAGCAGCAAUUAAACUUCAGGAUAGCAAUAAAGCGACAUCAGAUGAAGAACGUAAGAACUCACUUAAGCUUCAACAGAAUGGAAAAGUUCAAAAUGAAAAAGUUAAUGGUGAUGCAGUAAAUGGUAAAACAGUUGAAGAAAAUGGACCAGUGCCAGAAGAAGUGCCACAAAAGUCUAAAAGUAACGACAGGAAAGAUCGACAAAAACGAAUAAGCUUUCGAGAUAGUGCAAGUGAAUUGACUUGGGAUAAUCCUGAUGAAACGUCAGAUAUGUUAAGUCCAAUGAUGGAAGAGGAAGAAGAUGAACAAGAAGAAAAUAAUGAUAUAGAUGAUCACGAUCAAGCAGAUAUACCACCACCAACACCGCCUUCGCGUAGAGGAUCAAAAUUCCACCUCCAAAUAUUCAUCCCAUGGCGACGACCUUGCCAUAUAUGAUUGACGAAACUACCACCAGUGUUUAACAAGCAACUCACUUAUCAUCCAUAAAAUACAUUAUCAUAUUCACAAUCUUUAGUAACGAUAGCUUUUUCACAAGCCAGUAGUAUAUAAUUUCGGAUGUUUCUGUUUAAUAUAUUAAUUUGUGUUUUUAAUAUAUGUAUCCAUUUUGAUAUUAUUUAUGGUUGUGCUUUCCUCAUGAUUAUUACUAUAUAUUAUUAAAUAGUUUAUAUUAAAGUAACAGAAACAUUUUUAUGUAUUACUCCUCACAUAUGUAAAAUAAAUCUAUUCUAAAGGAACCAUUCAACAGGCACAUAUUAUGUUUCAUGUAGUAGUAAGUGGUGUAAGAUAGAAAUGUGAUAUAAUUAGGUCUUCAAGUUUUAUAAAAUUUGUUC